UCUGACCCAAAAAAAAACCUCACUCGACGACGUUGAAUCAUGGCGGCGCUCCCUGUUAGUGCCGUACCUCAAUCUCCUGAAGGUUUUUACGCAGUCAACAACCAGUUUCUCGUAAGUGGGCCAAAAGGGUUAAUGGAGUUUAAGAUGCUUGAGAACGAAGACACCUACAUUAGGUUUGAUCUUCCCGGUGAUCCAGAAAAUGGUGUGAUGUCUUUCAUUGACGAGUCCAAAAAAACUAUCACUAUCUGUGCCUACGCACCAAAAGAGCACCGCCACGACGGCUCUCACCGGAUCUACGGUACCUGCUUCAAACCGAAAUUGAAGAUCGGCCGUACGAAGACCCAACUCAUCUGCAAAUGCCACGAUAUCUCUAGCUUCACCUCCCACAUGUCCGAUGGUGUUCUCAGGCUUAUCGCCACCAAGACCCACGCCGCUACACAAUGCCCUUGCUUCUUGAUUCUUGACGGCGAAGGUAGCUGUGCCUGUGACGCGGACCCGGCUCAUCGUAACUUUCUCCCUGGCAUGGAUCCUGAAGCUCAAAACCCGACGUUAUCUGGCCACACAUUGAUGCCACACGUGGGUGUGUAUGAAGGAUCGCCCAUGGCGUAUGAGUCGAAGCAGCUCCCAGACGGCAAACUUUACGUGCGUGUGGACAUGCCUGGCGUUCCCAAAGAGAACUUUACUGUCUCUGUCACCAACGGGAGAGUUAAGGUGACUGGUGAAGCUCCUGCUCGUGACCACGACUCUGCUGGCCGUUUCUACUCUGGUGACGUGGCUGUGCUCUCUGCUCUUGUUGACAUACCAAGCCGCCGUGUCAAAACCAUCGCCAAGAACGGUGUGCUCCGCCUCCUCAUCCCUCGCGUUUGAUGAUUUCAUGAUGAAACUUUUGUGCUUGUGUUUGGUUAAAUUUGUCUUUUCUUGAAUGGAC